AUGAGUUCAGAAAAAAACGCAACAACGCCACCGCCUAUUUUGUGUGAAAACAACUGUGGAUUUUAUGGAAACCGAGCAAAUAACAAUUUAUGCUCAAAAUGUUAUAGAGAAUUUUUAGAGAAACAAAAAAAAGAAAUGUCUAACAUUGAAAAAAUAAAAGAUAAAAGUAUGUCCGAUACAAUGCAUAAUUACAAUAAAAUAAAUGAUAUAAUUGAUCCAUCUUUUGUAAAAGGAAAAGAUAACGAUGAAAAAAGUGAAGUGAAUGACCAAAAAAAUAGUGAAAUAAAUAUAGAAGAAAAAAAAUAUACCAAUAAUAAUAAUACUAGUACAAAUACUGUCGAUAUAAAAACCGACAAUAAAAAUAUUAACAAUGAUAAUAUAAAAAAUGAUAAUAAUAAUAAUGAACAAAAUAAUAAAAUACCUGUUAGUAGUGAUAAUAAUGAUGAAAAAAAGGUCUAUGAAAAAACAGAAAGUUCAAUAGAUGGUCAAGAUAAAAGCAAAUGUUAUUCAUGUUCAAAAAAUAUUGGAUUAUUAGGUAUAAAAUGUCGAUGCAAUCAUUAUUUUUGCUCACUUCAUAGAUAUGCUGAUGCACACAAUUGUACCUUUGAUUAUAAAAGUUAUCAUAAACAACAGCUAAUCAAAAAUAAUGUUAAAGUUGUAGCAGAUAAAAUUAACAAAAUUUAA